AUGGUGAACCUUUCUCUGUAUCUCGUCACGGACUCGACUCCCGCCAUUCUUAAGGGUCGAGACCUGUGCACGGUUGUUGAGGAGGCUCUUAAAGGAGAAUUCGAGGAAGCUAAGAGGCUUCUACCUAAGAAUGCUAUUAUCGGAAUAAGCACCUCUUCCGUCGAGGAGGCCCAGAAAGCCAUUUCUGACGGGGCUGACUAUCUUGGCAUUGGGACGAUGUUUGCCACUCCGACAAAGACCAACACCAAGUCCGUUAUUGGAACAGUGGGAACUCAGGCAAUCCUAAGCGCCAUCAGUGAUGCCACAAACGUGGCCACCGUCUCCAUUGGUGGUAUCAACCACUCUAAUGUGCAACGAGUCAUGUAUCAGUCCCAGUCUCCCAAUAAGUCCCUGGACGGAGUCGCCAUUGUCAGUGCCAUCAUGGCAGCAGAUGACCCCAAAGCCUCCACCGAGGAGUUCGCCAAACUCAUCAAGUCUCCUCCCGCAUUUGCUUUGAAUCCGAGGUCUGCGCGAGUCAACGAGGCCGAGGCAUUGAUUGAAGAGGUGCCCGAGAUUGUUCGCAAGAUGGUCGAGGCACACCCUUUUGUACACAAUAUGAUUAACUUCGUUGUGGUCAACUUCGUCGCUAAUGUUGCUCUCUCAAUCGGUGCAUCGCCUAUCAUGGCUCCUUACGGCGAGGAAGCUCCAGACUUGGCUAGAUUGGAUGGAUCUCUUCUCAUCAACAUGGGUACCUUGAAUGGCGAUAGCGUAUCCAACUACUUGAAAGCUCUCCAGGCGUACAACGCUCGCGGUGCGCCAGUUGUUUACGACCCGGUCGGCGCAGCUGCAACUGAGAUCCGCCGUAACGCUGUCUCAACUCUUCUGGCCGGAGGCUACUUUGACCUUGUCAAGGGUAACGAGGGUGAGAUUCGGCAAGUCUGGGGUAGCAAUGCCGAGCAGCAGCGCGGUGUCGAUAGCGGGCCAAGUACGCUCAAUGGCCAACAAAAGGCUCGGUUGGCUCGGGACCUGGCGCGGAGAGAGCGCAACGUCGUACUGAUGACUGGCGCUGUUGACUAUCUCAGCGACGGCGAGCGUGUGAUUGCUGUCGAGAACGGUCACCAUUAUCUUGGCCAAGUAACAGGAACUGGCUGCGCUAUUGGCACCAUUUCAGGCUGUUUCCUCACUGCCCACCGUUCUGACAAGCUCCUUGCCGUCCUGUCCGGCAUUCUGAUGUACGAGAUCGCGGCCGAAAACGCAGCAUCCAAGGAAUACGUCCGUGGACCCGGUAGCUUUGUUCCCGCUUUCCUCGACGAACUAUACGCCAUUCGCACGGCCGCGGCCAAGGGCGACGACAGCUGGUUUGUUGGUCGGGCUCGGGUGCAUGAUGUCAAAGUCUAG